AUCCUCCUCCACUUUCCAAUCUCUCAUCCCCUCUCUCACAAAGUCUGCAACAUCUCGCCCCGUCCCACGCCAUGGCAACCGUGGACAUGCGGCGGUUGGAGACAGGCGCGGGCGGCGGUUACGACGCCAUGGGGUUGUCCAAGCGGGUGGACGACGACCUCGACGACGACGGCCGGCCGCGGCGCACGGGCACGGCGUGGACGGCCAGCGCGCACAUCAUCACCACGGUGCUGGGGUCCGGCGUGCUGUCCCUGGCGUGGGGGGUGGCGCAGCUCGGCUGGGUGGCCGGCCCCGGCGUGAUGACGCUGUUCGCCGCCGUCAUCUACUACACCUCGGCGCUCCUGGCCGACUGCUACCGCACCGGCGACCCCGUGUCCGGCCCGCGCAACCGCACCUACAUGGCCGCCGUCCGCGCCACCCUGGACGAGUCCAAGGUGAAACUCUGCGGCGCCAUCCAGUUCGUCAACCUCUUCGGCAUCGGCAUCGGCAUCACCAUCGCCGCGUCCGUCAGCAUGCUGGCGAUCAAGAAGGCGGGAUGCUUCCACAAGGAAGGCCACAAGGGCGACUGCAACAGUUAUUCCAUGAGCCCGUACAUUGCCAUCUACGGCAUCAUGGAGAUCUUCUUCUCGCAGAUCCCGGGCUUGGACAGUAUGUGGUGGCUGUCCAUCCUCGCCACCGUCAUGUCCUUCACCUACUCCACCAUCGGCAUCUCCCUCGGCGUCGCGCAGAUUGUAGCCAACGGGGGAAUCCAGGGCGGCCUCACCGGCGUGGCCGUCGGCAUCAACGCCGCCGGCAAGAGUAUCACCGUGAUGGAGAAAGUCUGGCGUAGUCUUCAGGCGUUUGGGAACAUGGCUUUCGCCUACGGCUUCUCCAUCGUCCUGCUCGAGAUCCAAGACACGCUGAAGGCGGCGGCGCCGUCGGAGGCGAAGGUGAUGAAGAAGGCGACGGCGGUGAGCGUGGCGGUGACGACGGUGAUCUACCUGCUGUGCGGGUGCGUGGGGUACGCGGCGUUCGGCGACGGGGCGCCGGACAACCUCCUCACGGGCUUCGGCUUCUACGAGCCCUUCUGGCUGCUGGACGUGGCCAACGCCGCGGUCACCGUCCACCUGGUCGGCACGUACCAGGUCAUCACCCAGCCCAUCUUCGCCUACGUCGAGCUGCGGGCCGCCGCGGCCUGGCCGGACAGCGCGUUCGUGGGCACGAGGGAGGUCCGGCUGUGGCCCACGGCCGUCCGCGUGUCCGUGUGCCCGCUCCGGCUGACCUGGCGCACGGCGUACGUGUGCGUGACGACCGCCGUGGCCAUGGCGAUGCCCUUCUUCGGGUCCGUGGUGGGCCUCAUCGGCGCCAUCUCCUUCUGGCCGCUCACCGUCUACUUCCCCGUGUCGAUGUACAUCGCGCAGCGCCGGGUGCCGCGGGGCAGCACGCGGUGGAUGUUCCUCCAGGCGCUCAGCGCCGUGUGCCUCCUCGUGUCCGUCGUGGCAGCGGCCGGCUCCGUCGCCGACGUCGCAGCCGAGUUCAAGGCCCACAACCCGUUCCGCCGGGGGUGACCAGGCCUCUCCGGCGAUGCUCCGUUCGCUCAACCAAGUUGGAGAGCAACGUUUUACUGCUUCGAUGUAACUACUAAUUAUCGUGUACUGUGUGUGGUCAGAAGGUUACGUCCGGUGGUCAGGUGCUGAACCGGACUGUAGCACCGGGGGCCGGCGGCCCGUGGAAAUGUCGUGUGGCUAGCCUACUGGCAUAGUGGUUGUGGUUGUGGGUGACACCCGCUCCGCUUGGCAUGUGUAAACGUGUGUUUUCUUUC